AUUUUGACGCGGGCGGUUGUGUUACUGCCGCAGCUGCGAAGGCGCGCCGUAUUUGUUUAUAUACAAUGCAGCAAAGUCAUAGAUGCAUUGCGAUAAUGCCGAAUGUGAAAUAAUACUGAAUAAAUUCAAAAGAUUGCAUUUGUAAACAACAAAUUUUGGAAUAGGCGCGAAAAAGGGUGCAUGCAACGGUAAAUUCUAAUCAACGAAAUGGCGCGCGAUUUCAUCUAACGACAAGACGCAGUUCUUCGAAAACACGAAAUGAAAAUACGUAUGUUUGUGUGUGGGUGAAAAGUACACUAAAAGUACGACAGCAACAGCAACAACAACAACAUCAAGAAAAGAAAAAGUGCACUGCAAACAACUGAUUGCAAGUGUCUGUGUGUGAGUGAGUGUGGUAAGCAAAGAAAAAAUAAAAAGUAAGAAAAAUGACGCGCGAAGAGGAGGAGGAGGUACGAUCUUUACUCUCGCGGCAUCAGGAACGCAUUAUGCUGGAUCUGGGCAGUACUGAUCUCUUGGCUGUGUUGGUCAAGAAUUCGGUACUAAGUCAGGAGGAGGAAGAUAUGCUAUUAAAGCCAUAUCAGGCAACAGCUGGCACGGGCACAGGAUCACACCUGGACACGGGUAGUGCUCCGUCGAGUGUAAAAACUAAGCGAAAACUGAGUGCCGUUGCCAGCAGCGGAAGUGGUGGAAGCGGUGGCAGUGGAGCCAGUGUUCCCAUUGGAGCUGAAAUCUAUAGCUCCAGUUUGGCCAGCUCAUCGCGCAGUGCCAGUGUCAAUGGUGAUCACGAUCAUGUCCAGAGCGAUAAUCGCUCGCUAACGCCCUCUGUGGCCAGCGAUGCCGAGUUCCUGCGUCUGCAGUGUUCCAAUCUCAUAGAGAUUAUUGCAAAAAAUGGAUUUGAGAAAUUUAAACAAUUCUGCUAUGCCAUCGAGUGUGAGUGUCCACAGCUGAUCGAGGAUUUAAUUAAUGAUCGACUCAAAAAUGACGCUAGCCAGGCUGAUGAUAGUCCCGGUGAGGAAAAAAUACAAAAGGAAAUCGAAACGAUCGAUUACAUUGACAAAGAAAAAGAAAACGAUCGCAAUCGCCGGGCUGUCAGUUAUGGUGGCGGCGGCGGUGGAGCCUCUUCCCCACAAUCGGCCACAAUGCCACGAGCUGCUCCACGUCGUGUGGCAUUGAUGAAGGAACCACCACCGCCACCACCCAAACCUAGUGCAUUAUCAUCAUCAGAUUCCACUACGCCAAUUGCCUCAAGCAAUCAGCUUAUACACAGCAAAUAUCCACAGUCGGAAUACAAUCUCAUCCAGAAGAUCGACUCGAAUAGCACAUUAACGGCACCGGCGCAAUACCAGCCGCAGAAUUUCUAUGCCAACACUGGAACGAUAGCCGCCUGCAGCACCACCAAUGGCUACGGAUCACUACUGUGUCAUUCCAGUUCCACGGCCAGUCCCCAGAUGGCGGUACGGAAACGGGAUAAACUUUUGCAUCGAUUCAGUGAUGCAGCCACCUUGGGACGAAAACUCAAAAAGAAGAAGAAUACGAAUCGAACAUGCCGUUCGAUGACUGAAGCAAUCGAAAUGUUGGCCGAUCCGGUUAUCGAGGAUGAGUUUUUUGGCGAUCGCACCACAUGGGAAUAUCACACAGUUUCGGUGACUCGAGUGCCUGGCUAUGGCUUUGGCAUUGCCGUUUCCGGUGGACGUGAUAAUCCCCAUUUCGCCAACGGUGAUCCCUCAAUUGCAGUGAGUGAUGUGCUUAAAGGUGGCCCAGCCGAGGAUCGUUUGCAAGUGAACGAUCGCAUCAUUUCGGUUAAUGGGGUAUCACUCGAAAAUGUGGAAUAUGCAACAGCGGUGCAAGUGCUUCGCGAUAGCGGUAAUACAGUCACUCUUGUCGUCAAACGUCGCGUGCCUUUGAAUGCCGUCAAUACGAAUGCCAUCCAGCACCAGCAUUCACACAGUCUCAGUUCGGUGGGUCAACUGGUGGCCAAUGGCAGCAAUGGAUUAAAUGGCGCGGGUUUGAAUGGGGGCGCGAUCAGCACUAGCAACAGUCAAACCCCAAGCAUGAGUCAACCCAAUUCGCUGAACUCCUCGCUAGUGCAGAAUGUUAGUGGCGUGGGAAUAGGAGGAGGAGCAGGAGGACAACCCAUUAAGGUUACUCUAACCAAGGGAAGCAAAAAGGAUGACUAUGGCAUUGUGUUGGGCUGUCGACUGUUUGUCAAGGAGAUCUCAUCAAAAGCGCGCGAACAAUUGUCGGCCAAUGGUUAUUCUCUGCAGGAGGGAGACGUCAUCACACGCAUCCACAAUACAAACUGUGCCGACACAAUGAGCCUCAAGGAGGCCAAAAAGAUUAUAGAUGGCUGCAAAGAGCGCCUGAAUCUUGUGGUGCUAAGGGAUAUUACAAAUCAGGCAGCGGCCACAACGGUCAACCAAAUGAAUCUGAACAACUCGGGUCAUCAGCAGGCCACGGCCAAUCUGUAUGCCAGUCACCAUCACCAUCAUCAGGCUCAGGUUUCUGGUUGUAGCAACAAUCUCGAUGAGGCCUAUUUGCCGGGCGGAGCCAGUUAUUCCUCGCAGAAUUUAUAUGUGCAACCACCGACACGCACCUCGAAUUCCAAUGGGCCAAGCGCCAUAAAUGGAAAUGGAUUGAAUGAGGAGAAGAGCAAUCUAACACCUAGGGGUCGCUCGCGGGGGCCUCUAAUGGAUGGAGUGUCGCUGCAGCAAUUGGAUAGACCUGUCACCCCUACGAACGGAGGUCGCGGUAGAUCCGGAGCAGAAGAACCCCCACGGCCACCACCUCCUCGAGGAUCCAGCGGCGGUGAAGAUUUCUACAGCUCCCGCCGUCAACUCUACGAGGAGCGUCAGAGUGCCGAGCCACGUUUCAUUUCAUUCCAAAAGGAGGGCAGUGUUGGCAUACGACUUACUGGCGGCAAUGAGGCCGGCAUUUUCGUGACUGCCGUGCAACCCGGUUCACCUGCCUCCCUGCAAGGCCUGAUGCCUGGUGAUAAAAUCCUCAAGGUCAACGACAUGGACAUGAAUGGUGUGACGCGCGAGGAGGCUGUGCUCUUUCUGCUCAGCCUUCAAGAUCGCAUCGAUCUCAUUGUGCAGUACUGCAAGGAGGAAUACGAUGAGGUGGUCACCAAUCAGCGGGGCGACUCGUUCCACAUCAAGACACAUUUCCACUGCGAUAAUCCUUCCAAAGGCGAAAUGGCUUUCAAAGCGGGUGACGUCUUUCGGGUGAUCGACACACUACACAACGGCGUCGUCGGUUCGUGGCAAGUGUUGAAGAUUGGACGCGGCCAUCAGGAGAUGCAACGGGGAGUCAUACCAAACAAGUCAAGGGCGGAAGAGUUGGCCACAGCUCAAUUCAAUGCCACCAAGAAGGAGAUGAAUGCCAAUGAAUCAAGAGGAAAUUUCUUCCGCAGACGACGCUCCACUCAUCGACGCUCCAAGAGUCUUUCCCGUGAAAAUUGGGACGAUGUCGUCUUCUCCGAUAGCAUUUCCAAAUUCCCUGCCUAUGAACGUGUGGUGCUUCGUCAUCCCGGCUUUGUGCGUCCCGUGGUGCUCUUUGGGCCCGUCUCUGAUAUUGCCAGAGAGAAGCUGGCCAAAGAUUAUCCCGACAAGUUCUCAACUCCCCUGCAAGAUGAUGACAAAUCCAAUGGCAAAUGUCGCAUUGUCCGUCUCUCGAAUAUCAGAGACAUAAUGGAUCGCGGCAAGCACGCUCUUCUCGAUAUCACACCAAAUGCCGUAGACCGUCUCAACUAUGCUCAAUUCUAUCCAGUGGUGAUUUUCCUCAAAACGGACACUAAACAUGUCAUUAAACAACUUCGCCAUGGCCUGCCCAAAGCUGCCCACAAGAGUUCCAAGAAACUGCUUGAACAAUGCCAGAAAUUGGAACGCGUCUGGUCGCACAUCUUUAGCACACAGAUUGUCCUGAACGAUGAGGAGUCCUGGUAUCGCAAAUUGCGAGAUUCGAUCGAUCUGCAGCAGAGCGGAGCCGUCUGGAUGUCCGAGUCCAAGCCUGUAGAAUCCCUCUCCGAUGAUUUCCUAUUCCCCAUGACCACAUCCCGUUUAUCGUAUGCAUCAAGUCCCGAAUCCGAUUUGGAACUAAGUCCCGGGCCAUCCGCAUCAUUGUCCUUGGGCAAUUUACCGCAAUUGGUUAAAGCGAGCUCAGAUCCAUCGAUUGCCACUAAUCAGGAUAACUUGGAUAGGGAUAGAGACAUAAUUGGUGAAGGACUACCACCUCCAUAUACGGUACCCUAUGAUCAUGGCGUUCAGCCGCCACCAAAUCGUCGACAGACUUUGGAUUCCAGCAAGUAUAACAUCUAUGGAACAAAUGUUAACCAACAGCAGCAGCAGCAGCAACAGCAACAACAACAGCAGCUGCAGGCGACACCACAACCAGGAUCAGCUGGUGAUCUAACAGCCGUACGCCCACAAUCAUUAUAUGGUAUCAAUGCCCCCGAUUUGCCGCCACGCAUCGAUCGUCAAUCCAAACCGGGUGACUUGCCCCUGAAUACUUCAGGUUCGUCUUCGCGCAACGGCAGCUCGAGUGGCGGCACCUUGGGUCGCAGUGCCCAGGAGCGUCUUUUUGGUUCCAAGCCAAUUGUUCAGGAUGAUGUUCAAGCAGAGUAUAUAACUCGAAAUGCCUUGGUCGGUGGAGUAGUAGCAGGAAACGGUGUCGAUACCAUCGAAAGGCAACAGCAACAGCAGCAACAACAACAGCAGCAACAUGCCUCUCUCGAGCGGCAGGCACGGAUGAAUGCAGCCCAGCACAAGGUCAAUGGUGCUUCCACCUAUGAUAGCGUCUCCAGCUAUGAUUCAUAUAACAAUACACAAAUGCAGAAUCUGGGACGAUUGGGACCCAAUGCCCCCGAUGAUCUCAAAUCAGUGCCAGCAAGUGGUCGUCCCUUGCCGCCUGUGGGUCCAUCCCAUGAUUAUGGUCGUGCUCCACACGAUCAUCGUGGCUUUGGUCCUGCAAAUGAUUUGAAUCGCCAAAGUAGUCCCGGUCGACCGCAUUAUCAUGAGAUGAAUGCAUCCCGUAAUAUUGAUCCUCGCAAUGGCACACCGCAACGUCCUUCGAAUUUGGGUUUGGAUAGCAGUCCACGCAAACCAUUGGUGGAAACUAAAACCGAUUAUGGCAAAUAUAGCCGCAACAAUUCCGUUUCCCAAGCCGACUACAGCAAACUGCCAAAGAAUACCCAUGGCAGUGGAGUCGUCCCACCGCCCAAUGUCAAUGGCAAUGGCAAUGGCAACGGCACACCGAGCAGCAAUGGCAGCGGUGGACCCUUCAAACCGGUACCACCACCAAAACCCAAGAACUAUCGUCCGCCCGUCCAGAGCGGUGGUAGCAGUGGCAGUGGUGGCACCACACCCUGGGAAAAUGGGGACUCUGGUUCGCCACGUUCCCCCAAUGGUUUUUACUAUCCACCAACGCCCUCAUCGCAUCAUCAUUAUGGCCAACAGCAAACUCCUGGCUCACCGCAGCAGCCCACUUAUGGCCAGGCCCCGCCACCGCAACAAGCUCAGCCCUAUCCAUCAGCCAAUGGCUACAAUGGCAAUAGCCAUCAUUAUAAUGGUGGAAGCGGAACGGGUCCCUAUAUAGCACCACAUCGUGGCAUGCCACCGCCAAUUGGUAACCUACCACCACACACACCCGAGCGACAUGCUCUGGAUUUGGCCGGCAGUCGGGAGCAACGUGGUUCAGCAUUCGAAUUGUAUCGUAAACCCCAAAUCGGGGCUACAGCCGGGCACCAUCACAAUAUGAGCGAAAUGGAGCCAUACGAUGAGCGUUAUGACGAUUACUAUGCGAUGCCACCGCCACCGCCGCCAGGUGGUCAUCCUCAUCCAGCACAUGCCAUGCAAAGAUCGCGAUCAGCUCCACGUUAUCCCAAUGAAAGGCCACCACAUGUACAGGAUCCCAAUUACUAUAAUCACUAUGGCACGAGUAGGAGUCAUCAUCAUCAUCCUCAUCAUCAACAACAACAACAGCAGCAGGAGCAACACCAGCACCAACAGCGUGCUGAGUACCAUCAGUAUUAUGAUGAUCAUGGCAGGGAGAUUGCAGCUCCGCCUCCACCACUUUUGCCGCACAAGAAAAAGAAAUCGGUACUGAAAAGUCCAUUGGCUGCCUUGAAGAAUGCUCUGAUUAAGACGACACGCCCAUUGAGGCGUAUGAAUAGCAUGGUGGAGCCCGAGAGGAAGGCAAAGGGUCUAAGACGACAGCAGUCCAUGCUGGAGAGGGGUGUGCAGAGGCCCUAUUAUCCCGAUGAGUAUCCGACCUUUCCAUCAGCGGGCGGUUAUCACACGUCUCAAGGACCACCACCGCCGCCUCACCAUGAUCCGUAUUAUAGGGGACGCUAUCCGCCUCAUCCUGGCCAGCAGGACAUGAUGAAUAGCACCUAUCAGAAUCUAGAGGGUGAGGACAUCUACGGCAAUAUAGUUCCACGCAAUCAUCACCAUCAGCCACCACAGGACAAUGGCUAUGGCUACGAUCAAUAUGAUCUUUAUGCCAAUCGAGCCUGUAUCGAUUUGGAACGCCGGCAGGCAGAGGCAGCAGCAGCAGCUGCAAGUCGAAUUGGGCGACGCAUAGUCCGUCGUCAUAGCACCACCACGGCAGAUCGCAAUGGCGGCAAUGGCAGCAGGAGACCCAUGGCAGCUCCCAAUGGUUAUGACCCACAAGACCCACAUCAACAGCAUCAGGAGAUUUAUCAGACUCGUAAUGGGGCCUAUAUGAUGCCCGAACAGCGAAGGGCGCCCAAUUCCGAGGUAAUGACCAGACGACGAUUCUAUCCAGGAGCUGCCAAUGAGCAGGGUGGUGGUGGGGCUGGAGAGGAUGAGCCCAUGUAUCAAUCUCGUAGAGAAAUGCAACGGGAAAUGCAACGCAAUCAUUUGUAUCAAUCGAAACGAGAAAUGCAGGAGAGGAUUAGCCAGGGCAAACGCGAUAUGGAGCGUGAAUUUAGUCCACAGAGUAGCAGUCAAUCCGAAAGAGAUGAUCGCUCCGAGCGAUCAAAUUCGGAGAGCAUUUACCAAUCUCGGCGAGAGGCCAAAGAGAGCGCCUUAAAGACGCGCACCCAAUUGAGAGAUCAAAUCUAUCAGACGCGUCGCGAGGCUCUCGACAGCAUGGCUGAACCCAUCUAUGUGUCGAAGAGGGAUGUGGGCAGACCUGCUCCCAUAUACGAGUCGAAAGAGGAGAGCAUUCUGCAGUCACGUGAAAAUGAAACGGACGAAAAAAAGGAGAAGGAAUGCAAAACAGAGCAAGUGGAGGUGGAAAUAAAUGUUCAAGCAGAGGAAGUGACAGAAGACACAAGUCUAAGUCGUUCGGACCUGCAGAAGUCCUCAGAUACUGUCAUUGAGAAUCCCAAUCAGGGCAAAGCUCCUCUUGUACAGGGCGAAGAAGAUGAUGAUGAUGAAGAAGUUGUCCAGGAGGAGGAUACCAGUGCUGAGGUGACCACAGAACAGCCCACAGCCAUUGAGACUAACCAACACAACGAGGGCAUGUUGAUGACCAGUGAGGUCUCGCAGCCGCAUAUCUCCGAUGAUGUAUUCGAGGCAGCUGAUCUUGUCUCUGACCUCCAGCCAGCUCCAUCGCCGCGCACCCAUCGAGCGCCCUUCCACAUCUCUAAUAUCCUAAAGCGUACAGCCCCGCCGCCAAGUUCCCCCAUUGGUGACAGUUGCACUUCCAUUGAGACUCAAUAUACCUCGCAAGUCAGCCUUCCUGUGGGCCCGCCCAAUGCAUCCAGCACACCCUUCAGCAGUAGCAUGUCCCUGCCCAUAGCCGGCCCGGUACCCACAUCUGCUCCGGCGGCAGCUUCCGGCACGAAUGGUCCAUUCCCCACCAUGCCACGCGAACCGAGCACUAUGCGAGGCUUCUUUGAUUCAAAUGGCGGCACUUUGGCCGACAAAUUGUGGCAUGUCUCGCUGCAGAUACCACCGGGCGCCAUUCCGCCCGGAGUUCGCCAGGAGAUCUAUUUCACUGUGAGUGAUCCACGCAUGGGUCAAGCCGUAGGCGGUCCGCCGUUGGAUAUGGAAAAUGGUGAAACAAUGCUGUCUCCUCUUGUGAUGUGUGGACCACAGGGCCUUGAGUUUCUAGUGCCUGUUACCCUCAAUAUACCCCACUGUGCCGGACGUACCGCUUCAUUGGGUCUAGCCCUAAAGGCCACAGAUAGUGAGAAGAAUUUGCAUACCGAAUGGGAUAACAUUGAUUUGCCUAGCAAUGCGGCUGCCCACACAGUAUCCGUCAAGGUGGAUCACUUCUAAUCUUAAUCUACCCACAUAUUAAGUUACGCCUCAUAUACACACAAACUCGAACACACUUUAACACGAUUGUAUAUAGUUUCAUUCGAAUUCCACGACAAGAUAAUAUAACUUUGGGCAAUGCAUUAUACAAAAAAUAAAAAUUAUAAAUAAUUUAAUUUAAUAUUCUUUGUAAAUUGUGCCUUUAAGUGAACGAUUGGCCCUGCUUUUUGACAUAAAACAAAAAUUAUAUUAAGUCAACGAUUUGUACAAUAUGAACAGUAAUUAGAUUUUAGUUUUAUUUUUAAACAAAGAUGAAAAAAAAACAAAUAAUUUUGUAUAUUUUAAAGAAAAUUGAGCAAACGAAUAUGAAGAAUAUGUAUGGAAAUCUAUUUUAUAAAUUUAUACAUAAUUUAUAUUGCGUUUUUUUUAAAUAAUAUACCUACAUAUAUUUUAUUGCAUUGUAUUUCUCACAUUUAUUUAGCAAUGUAUUUGUCAUCUCCUACCCAGAAAUAUUUUUAUUACAUUUGAAAUUGUUAAUUAUAUAUCGAGAACUAUAUAUUAUACACAUAUUUAUACACAAUUUUGUAUUUAUACGCAUAAAAUGAAAUGAUUAUUAAAUACCUGGAAAGCUUGGGAAAAUAUAAACAAAAUAAAUAAUAAAACGCAUAAAAAAA